GAUUCCACGCUUACGACCAUCGUUUUUCUUUUCCCUGUCUUUUUCGUUUUUUCUUUCUUUCUUUGCUUUCCUCAGUACACAGUACACACACUGCUUCCGAUUGUUGAUUCUCCGUGAUUUUCUCUCUCUCAUCUUCCUAUUUCACCUUCUGUUUUAUUUUCACUAGUUUGAAAUUUGAACGUCUCAGGGUCACUGAUGCAUGCUGCAUUCUCGAGAAAAAAUAUCACCCUCCCUUACCUUUCUUCUUCAGAGUUAAAAUUAGAGCAACCAUGUCACCGGCGAGGACAAUGACGGUGGCCGCCGAAGAUGACUACGAGGAGGUCGAGUACUCAUUUGCCGUGGAGUACAACGGACCGCCACCGUGCUACGAUCUUCCCCGUGCGGUGCCGAUCAGCGUCGACGUGAUUCCGGUGGCGGCGGCGGUCGCGCAUGUUCCUUUCUCCGACGCUAUGUCUUUGCCGGUUGUGCAACCGCUCUCGGCGCCGGAGCUUCCCGGUGCGAAAUUCUCCAAGGAUCUCGAAACGCCGAUUCCCGAGGUCGCGGUUUCUCCCACUUCGGUGAUUGCCUUUGACCGGAGCAACGACGGCGGCGGUUCCGGUAGAACAACGGUGUCUCGGACGUCGGUGAUCGUGUUCGAAGACGAGGCUGCGGAAACAAACGAACCGUGUGAGUUGAGCAGAGAAAAUUCGUGCGAGUUUUCAGAGCUUUUAGGGAGAAGAAGCUCGAGCGCGUUGUUGAGGAACUCGAACGGCGAGAAAGAGAGUUUGAGUUUGGAUUUCAACGAUUCGAGCCAACGAGAUUGGGCUUCCACGUUGAGUUCAGAUUAUCCAUCGUCUCGUGUUUCUCCAUUGAAAAACAAGGAACCUGAUCCUGAACCAGAACCUGAUGUUAAACAUAUAGUGACUUUCGAGGUGGAUUCGGAUGAGGAAGAACGCGAAGUGAAAGAGAGGGUUAAGAGAGAGGGUAUGAGGAAAGGGAAAAAAGGGUCGUGCUAUCGUUGCUUAAAGGGGAAUUGGUUCAAUGAGAAGGAAGCAUGUCUUGUUUGUGAUGCCAAGUAUUGUUUGAAUUGUGUGUUGAGAGCAAUGGGUUCCAUGCCGGAAGGUCGCAAAUGCGUUGGUUGCAUUGGGUAUCCAAUUGAUGAAUCUAAGAGGGGGAGUUUGGGGAAAUGCUCUCGUAUGCUGAAGAGAUUGCUUAAUCAUUUGGAGGUUCGACAAGUAAUGAAGGCGGAGAGGUUUUGUGAAGUGAAUCAGCUUCCACCUGAGUAUGUUUGUGUGAAUGGGAACCCUCUUUCUUUUGAGGAACUCUUGGCUUUGCAGAAUUGUUCUAACCCUCCGAAGAAUCUGAAGCCGGGGAACUAUUGGUACGACAAGGUGUCUGGGUUUUGGGGGAAGGAAGGACAAAAGCCUUGUAGGAUUAUUAGUCCCCAUUUGAAUGUUGGAGGUCCCAUCAAGCCGGACGCUAGCAAUGGAAACACGCAGGUUUUCAUUAAUGGCCGGGAAAUAACAAAAGUUGAACUUCGGAUGUUGCAGUUGGCGGGAGUUCAGUGUGCUGGUAACCCACAUUUUUGGGUCAAUGAGGAUGGUUCUUAUCAAGAAGAAGGACAAAAAAAUACAAAAGGGUGUAUAUGGGGAAAGGCUGGAACGAAGCUUGUGUGUGCUUUGCUGUCCCUGCCCGUUCCUUCUAAAUCUUCAAAUUCGUGUGGGUUUCUGUCCUCCAAUCUGGUUACUAGAACAGUUCCUGAGCACUUCGAACAUGGAAUAGUUCAUAAGCUCCUCUUACUUGGUUAUAGUGGGUCUGGAACAAGCACUAUUUUUAAGCAGACCAAGAUUCUUUACAAAAGCACUCCCUUCUCAGAAGAUGAACGGGAAAAUAUAAAGUUUACCAUUCAGACCAAUGUCUAUGCGUAUCUUGGCAUACUCCUUGAGGGCCGUGAGCGUUUUGAAGAAGAAAGCCUGGGAAAUUUAAAGAAAAGUCAAUCUUCUGUGCUUGACACUACAGGAACCAGUCCAAAACUUGGUGACAAGACAAUUUAUUCCAUUGGCACAAGACUGAAAGCAUUCUCUGAUUGGCUACUGAAAACUAUGGUUUUGGGCAAGCUUGAUGCCAUCUUUCCAGCCGCUACUCGUGAAUAUGCUCCAUUGAUUGAGGAGUUAUGGAAUGAUGCAGCCAUUAAAGCCACCUAUGAAAGAAGAAACGAAAUAGAAUUGUUACCCAGUGUUGCCAGUUAUUUCUUAGAGCGGGCUGUUGAGAUAUUGAGGACUGAUUAUGAACCCUCGGAUUUAGAUAUCCUCUAUGCUGAAGGAGUUACAUCAUCCAAUGGGAUGGCUAGUGUAGAGUUUUCAUUUCCUCAAUCAGCACCUGAAGAAACUGUUGACACUGCCGACAUACAUGAUUCUUUGGUUAGGUAUCAACUAAUUACAGUACAUGCAAGAGGGCUAGGAGAAAAUUGCAAGUGGCUAGAAAUGUUUGAGGAUGUUGGAUUGGUUAUUUUGUGUGUUGCCUUGAGCGACUAUGAUCAGUUUUCAGUUGACGGAAAUGGUUGUCUCACAAACAAGAUGAUAUUGAGCAGGAAGUUUUUUGAAGCCAUUGUUACUCAUCCUACUUUUGAGCAUAUGGACUUCCUUUUGAUAUUAAACAAAUUAGAUGAGUUUGAGAAGAAAAUAGAACAAGUUCCACUAACUCAGUGUGACUGGUUCUCUGAUUUUCAUCCAGUAAUUAGCCAACAUCGCUGCAGCAGCAGCAACAUUAACAGCAUUAAUAAUAACGCCUCUCUUGGUCAGCUGGCUUCCCAUUACAUAGCAGUUAAGUUUAAGAGGCUUUAUUCAUCUCUUACAGGGCGAAACUUGCAUGUGUCCCUGGUGAAGGGGCUAGAGCCUGAUAGUGUUGAUGCAGCACUUAAAUAUGCAAGGGAGAUUUUGAAGUGGAGCGAAGAGAGACCAAACUUUAGCUUGAGUGAUAAUUCGAUGUAUAGCAUUGAGGCGAGUUCAUUCUCUCCUUGAUUAUUGCUGGUUCAGACAAGGGUGCUAGUUAAGUCAUAUCAUCUAUGACUUGGAUUCAGUUCAUGUACAUACAUUGCUGACUAGGAGCUAGGGCACGAAACGGGCUAUCGAGUUGUAAUUUGCACUACAGCUGUAGGCUAGUAGGCUAGUAGGCUUCCGCUGCUAGGGUAUGUUGUGUGUUCGCACGUGCCGCAUAGAUCAAGAUGUAAUGGUCAAAUUCAUUUUUUCAUAUGGUAAAGUAAUAUGUUGAAGCUUGUAUUUCUCGUAGGAUCCUGAAAUUCUUUGUCUAUCUUUUUUUUUUUUACCUCUCUUACAUUCUUAUUUUUUUUAGUCACAUCCCUCUUUAUAUCCUUUUUGUU